GUGCUUUCUGUACUGCCUAAACUGAGACUUAACUCUUAUUUUUGUUCUCAACAGGAUCCCUAUUUUAUGAAAAACCACUUGGGGUCCUAUGAAUGCAAACUCUGUCUAACGCUGCACAACAAUGAGGGAAGCUACUUGGCACACACCCAGGGGAAAAAACAUCAGACCAACUUAGCUCGAAGAGCUGCCAAAGAAGCCAAAGAGGCCCCAGCUCAGCCUGCACCAGAAAAGGUGAAGGUGGAAGUGAAGAAAUUUGUGAAAAUUGGUCGUCCAGGUUACAAAGUAACCAAGCAGAGGGACCCAGAAACAGGCCAGCAGAGCCUCCUUUUCCAG